UUCGUAACAACCUAACCAUUACGAAACGUCUAUUCAACCAAAUAAGCCUGACGUAGCAAAUUAGCAAUUACAUUUUCUGUUAUCCACUUUGACCUCCAUACAUAGUGCCUCACUUCCUGGCCUUUAUUUUCGUGGACUGAUUUUGGGCGGCGUAAACCCUCUCGCUUCGCCUCUUCCUCGCUGGUGACGCCUUCUUAUAUGCAGUCAUUGGGUGGCACACAUUGGCAAAAACGAUUGGCAUUUUCGUGUGUCUAGUGUGACUGCAGUGGAGAGACAUGCAAAAACAAAUGUCUGGGGGGAAAGGUCCCCCUCUUCCUCUCCCCUCUCUGCGCCUCAUGGUCCCGCCACUGCGGCUGGUCUCAGCAGCCAUCUGGCAAACGAUCCAGCAGAGACACGUGAUGGAUUAUGGGAUGCUGGAGGAGUUUGUUACCAUGGUCACAGAGAUGGUUCCAGAGCUUCUGAACAUCCGACAGAGGGCCCAACUUAUUCUGGGUCUUCGAGCACGGCUGGUCCUGGAGUUGUGUCGCUCGAAGCCGAUCACAGACCUCCAGACCAUUCAGCCACACCUGGACAGGAUACAGACCCUCACACCUCUCUGGGGGACACAGACUGAUGAUGAAGAUUUAUCUGAAUCUAACUUUCUGGGGCUGAUUCAAACCCUGCUGAAUGACCCAAAUGAGAUGGAACACUUCUUCCAGGAUGUUUUUCCUGUGGAAUUUGGUCCCAAGUAUGAUGCAGCAAUCGAGAAACUCAUGUGUCAGUUUCUUUCAAGACUUGAGAAGCUACUUCCAGUAUCAAACUUUCAACAGGCUGCGUCCCUGCUCAGCGAUGUCCCCUCUGUUCUGGAGGAAUGUGUUCAGUCUGUGUCUCACCCUCAGCAGCUGAAAACCCUGCUUCAGUACCACAGAGACCUCAGCCAGCUGGACAACCAUGAUACUCUGUCUUCUUCCGAUGGGGACUGCAUUCUUUCAGCUCUCUGUCUCCCUCCAGUAGAAAGGGUGGUGAUUGCAACUGAACAGACAGAGUCAGAAACACAGACAUUAUCCUUGAAUGUUUUCAUGGAUACAUUUACCAAAGAGUUGGAGGUGGACUCUGCAACACUGACAGAGUAUACAGAGAUGGAACCCGGGACAAGUAUGGAUGUAAUAAAAAGCGAGAAGAGGGUGGAAUGUGAGAAAAACAACAAACAAUCUAUAGAGUUUACGGACCCUGUGGAACAUGAGGACAUGGAGGUUCAUGACGGUAAUGAAGAAGAGAAUGUUCUGGGGAUUGGACAAGUACAAGAUGAGAUGGAAGGUAUUGUUGAAGAAGUGAACCCCAGGUACAGAACAGUGAUGGUUAUCGGGGAAGAUGGGGUGGCACAGCCUUAUGAAGAUUCAAGUGUCAGAAAGCCCAAAAUAAAGACUCAUAAAGACAGUGGAAGUCAUGGAGAACAAAUGAAAAGCAUAGACGUAUCUGAUAAGAUCAUAUCCUCAAUGCUUCACAAGCCUUCAGUGGAGCUACAAAGAAUUGAUACUACUAACCUGAUAUUACCAUCUAGACCAGUUAGACAAAACAGGGGGCGUAAAAUGAAGACAUUGCUAGCACGAGAACGGCAACAAACCAAAACAGAACUUUCAGAAGAAAAUGCAUUCAAAAAAUGCCCAAUUUGUGGGAAGACUUUCAGUCGAGGUGCUGACAUGAAGCGACACCAGAAAAUCCAUACAGGUGAGCGCCCAUUUCAGUGUCUCCAGUGUAAGAAACGCUUCCUGUACCAUUUUGAUCUGAGGAGACAUCGGCAAAAUGUGUGUAAAGUAGUUGUGUCAGAACCUAAAGGUGAAACAUCCAAGCAGCUCAAAGGCAGGUCGAAUAUGAGUUACAAGGACCCACAAAGCUUGGAGAAACCGAGACUAAAAUGUGAAGAAGACUCCAAGAUAAGGCGUAGCAGAUCUCCAGCUAGUGAUGAGAAGGACACAAUCCAGAAACCUGAGGGACGAGACACGGAGCUGUCCAGUGGUGUUACUCUUGAGGAAACACUCGAGGACAGUGACUCAUCCUCCACCAGUACUCCCCAGGACCCAUCUUAUGACCCAUCUGGCGAACCUAGCAAGACCGAAAAACACAAACAGUCAAAAGUGUGCUGCAUUUGCAAAAAACGUUUGCCAAAAUCUUACAGCAUGAAAGUUCACAUGAGGUCCCACUCAGAUCUGCGCCCUCACAAAUGUCCUCAUUGUGGGCAGACGUUCAAGAACAUUUAUGAUAUGAGGAAGCACAUUGUAAAGACUGUGUGCAAGGUGCUGCGAGCUGAUCCUGAAGAGGCCCAGGCCCAGGUACAUGCACUCACCCACAGCCCCCUCCACUGCAAUGAGUGCAGUAGGAUGUUUGCUGACCCAGUAAAGCUAGACAGGCACAAACUGUCGCACAAGCCUUUGAAAUGCACCAUGUGUGAAAACAGCUUCAAUGGGGUCAAGCCCCUUAAGAAACACUAUCUGGAUGCCCAUAAAUUCAGCGGGCCAUUCCUCUGCACCUCCUGUGAUAAAAGCUACACUGAUUUAGCAGCUCUCAUCAGACACGAGAGGACUCACACCGGAGAUCUCCCAUACCAGUGCUCCCACUUGUGA